CACCUGCUUGACUGUGACGGUGAGCCUACGGGAGUAGUUGAAGUUCUUUUGUAUCAAUUUAUAAGGGCUCGACUAAAGUUGAAUCUCACCAGAAAGUAAGGGUUUUGGUGCGCUCUACAAGUGGACAAAAUAAGUGAAACCUGCACAGGAAACUUGAUGUUGACUGGAUGCAACUCUCAAAAGAUUUCAUCGGUUUUAUACUAGUCCUGCAGUGUUGAGAUGGGAGGGCCGGGUACCAGCUCAACUAGGAGGCUCUUCCGUGAAGUCUUUACCUUUGGAUCUAAGGAUCUGACUCACUGGUUCCCAUCACACAUGGCAAGAGGAAUUAAAAGGAUGCGUAAUGCGCUACGAAGAGUGGAUUGCAUCGUUGAAGUUCACGAUGCCAGGAUCCCUUUUGCUGGUAGGAAUCCUAUGUUUCAUGACAUCUUUGCCAUCAGACCUCACCUCUUAAUCCUAAACAAGAAGGAUCUAGCUGACACUACACCACAGAAAACCAGCCAAGUUCGCAACAGAUUAAAGGAAGAAGGGGUCCAAAAUAUCUUGUACACCGAGUGUCUUGGACAACGCAGCCCAAGUGUCAAAAAUGUGAUCCCGCGGGUGGUUGAAUUGAUAGAGAACAGUGAUCGUUACCACCGAUUGGAGGAGAAUGAUUACUCGGUCAUGGUCAUUGGCGUGCCAAACGUCGGCAAAUCCUCGCUCAUCAAUGCCAUGCGAAGGAUCUACCUCAAUAAAGGCAAGGCAACACCAGUGGGCGUGCGGCCUGGGGUAACGAGAUCUCUCAUGCACAAAAUCAAAGUGAGCAACAAACCUGAAGUCUGGUUGCUUGAUACACCAGGGAUCAUGACCCCCUAUGUCAAAGAAAUUGAAGUCGGCAUGAAACUAGCUCUCUGUGGAACAUUGCAAGACCAUGCUGUGGGAACCGACGUGAUUGCAGACUACCUGUUGUAUGUUCUCAACAGUUACAAUCACAACAGGUAUGUCGACUUUUAUGAAUUGGAGGGUCCCAGUGACAACAUCAUGGAUGUUUUGACCCAGAUCGCCAAAAAACUGAACAAGAUCUGUCGUGUGAAAACAGCAGCAGGUUCGGUGGUUCAGAGACCUGAUAUCAAUGCAGCUGCCACACACAUGGUCAAAGCUUUCCGCAAGGGCGACUUGGGUCACAUCACACUGGACUGACCAAUGGUAACAUUGGAACUGACCACAGAAUUCCUCUGUCCUGACCAGUCGUUGCACAAGGAAGGAUGUCGCUGAUCUGAUGAGGUCAGAAUAAUUACGGUUGUUGUCUUGUACACGCCCUUGGACAGCCAGUACAUCUCUGAUCUCGGGUUUGACAACCUGCCCCGAGCUGUGCUCCUAGGCAGAACGAGAGGCUUAGCAUGUCUCUGCUCAGGGCCAAAUUCUGGAGUUGUUAGCAUAAAAGUAAAACUGCUAAACAAAUUUACACCGAAAUCCAUCACAAGCACUUGACAUUUGGACUGAACUCAGCUUAAUGAAUAGUCUACAUGCUUACAUGUAGUCAAGUUAUACACCUGUAUGUUCCACCCCUCAGAAGAGAUCUCAGGAGAUCUAAUGUAACUGGUCGACAUGAUUUUCCUCUUAAAAAUAUUAUUCACCGAGGAAAAAAAUUGGUCGACUCAAGCAAUGAUACCAAAAUACCCAAACUUCUCUUGAAUAUGAAAUCACGGACUUCUUUAUUAGUAAAGUCUACAUGUUAGCUGUGGCUCUCUCUAACCUUAUAAUUACAGAGCCCACAUACAGAUAUAAUCACAAACAUGAAAUGGAUUUUAAUUUCUUCACAGCGGAUGGACAUUAUUUCAAAAUUCAUUUGUUGUUCUUCUGGGGCAUUUGACACAAUGCAAGAUAUUCAUUUGUUUGAGUGGUCCUGUCCUAUCAAGGGAAACGAAAAGUUGGGAGUUGAGAUGACUUGUUUUUAGGUUUAUUUCUCCUUUACAACCUCCGACAGAAUCAUUGUAUUGGCACCAAGUUCAGAGGACUUUGAACCUGAAGUUUGAUUCACCGCCCUUGAUAGGAUCACCGUCGUGCAAUAUUUGCAUGAUACAACGUGUGACUAACAGGACCAGUAGAAAGACCACUGCAUUCCUAGUGAGCCAUUUAAAUACUUCUCAGUUCUAACGUGGCAGUAACAAUGCAGGCAAAUUUGAUAUACAUCUACUUGAUAUUAAUCACUCAUCUCAAUUCAUUGGUGCUUCAGUCGUGAAUUUAAUUGAUUAUGUAGAAUUCUCAAGCAUCAGGUGCUGUCUUGAUUGUUCACAGAAUUAAAAACAUUUUAUAGGAGAUUUGUAUAAAAUUGGCUAGAUUCAACCAUUAAGUCGCAUGUUUAUAAACAGGGAAACAAGUUGGUAACUUGGACUUUGCAACUUUCAAAAUCUUUCCCUUUGAGUGCUGCUUACAAUGUAUUUGCACUGGAUUUAUAAAACUGUAAAUAUUAAGACACCAAGGAUUUGUUUGGGUAAGAUCAAUUUUUUGUCCAAUAGGACUGAACGUCAAUAAAUCCUGGUUUAUUUUA